AUGGUUAAUAAGGCAGAUGGUGCGUUCACCAGGCAGGACCAGAAUUCUUUCGAAACAUUUGCCGUUUACUGUGGACUGGCAUUGCACCAUGCAAAGCUUUAUGACCGGAUCAAACGUUCCGAGCAGAAGUAUCGAGUGGCAUUGGAAGUAUUGGCAUAUCACAGUGUUUGCAGUAAAGAAGAAGUGCAGAAGUUAAAAAAUGCCAGAAUUACGGGUCCUGUUGAUGAAUUAGACAGGUCUGAAAAAUUUAACUUCAUUCAGUUGCAUUUUUUAAAUAGAUUUUUUGUUCCUUCAUUAGCCUCAGCCUUUAGACAUAGCUGUGCUUCGCGUGUGGAACCUUCCUACAUCUGUUGA